CCUGUAAUCAGUAUAGUUAUGGGCUUGGCUGCGUUUUAUUAUGUGGUAACUGCAGUGAUGGCGACCCCUGUCACCACGUGACCGGGGAAUGUAUAAGUGGAUGUAGUGAGGGGGUGACAGGGGAGAAAUGUCAGACUGAAUGUUCUGUGGGGUUUUAUGGAAAGAAUUGCGGUCAGAGAUGCAGUGAGAAUUGCUUUGUUACAAACAGAUGUGACCUGUUUACAGGGGAGUGUAUGGGGAAAUGUAAGCCAGGUUGGGAGACACCCAGAUGUACACAGAAAUGUGAGGGAGGUAUGUAUGGCGAUGACUGCCAUCAGAUCUGUGGACACUGUCUCAAUGGAUCAUAUUGUCACCACGUGAAUGGAACUUGUGAAAAGGGGUGUUCUCCUGGAUUUCAUGGGGCGACAUGUUCGACAGAUUGCUAG